AUGUUUAACAAAUUGACACCUGAAGAAGCCAUCAACGUCACCUGGCUCAGUGUAGCUUUAACGUUCUGUUGGCCCCUUCCCCCCAAUAGCAGUAGGGUUAAACUGUUUGGCUACAAAGUCAUACAGGUCGCCAGUAUAAUUAAUGGAUUCAUGCUAUUAGCACCACUGCUUUACGCAGUCUAUCUACACUCACACAAUGUCGCUAUAGUCUCCGGGGAUAUCAGCCUGUGUAUAGGUGUAAUUCAAAUCAUCGUCCAGACCAUCAUAUGCAUCGUGAAGCACGACAAUUUACAGCGUGUAAUCAAUGAAAUGGUGACCUAUGUCAAAGAGGCUCGACAGAGCGAGAGGGAAAUUUUCUGCAAGUAUAUCACGAAAUGCGACAUCUUUUAUGCAAGUUCCAUAGCGUGUAUGUACCUGACAGCGACUGCCUUUUCGCUAGGACCCGUGUUCAUGUCGAUUCCCUUUCCGGCAGACGCGGUGUACCCGUUUCGAGUUAAUUAUACGCCAGUCUAUGUCAUGGUAUACAUGCAUCAGUUUUUCCUAAGCUAUCAGUGUGCUGCGCAUACAUGCUUAAGUAUGUUUGGCGCGCUUUUAUUCUGGUUUUCAGCGGCCAGGUUCGAAUGCCUAGCUAUGGAAUUGCGAAAAUCCACGGAUGUUCGCAUGCUGGUUACUUUUAUUAAGAAGCAGUUACAUUUGAGAAAGUACGCUGUAGAUGUGGUGAAUGGUUUCCGUUUUAUUAUACUUUUCGCUUUACUUGGCAGCUUGGUUAUUCUGUGUCUUGUUGGAUUUAUAUUUCUAUUGAAAACACCGUUGGUCGUGAAAAUACAGUUCCUGGCAGUAUUUUUUACACUGCUGACGGAAAUUUACGUGUACGCUUGGUCAGCUGAUAACAUGAAAGAUAUGAGCAUAAACGUUUCGCAAAGUGCAUACGAGAUGACGUGGUACGAUCAGUCGCUAGAAAUGCAGAAGAUAGCGCUGCACGUGUUGCAGUUUCAAAAUCCAGUGAUACUUUCCAUCAGUUGUAUACUGCCAGAAUUUACUCUGCGUUAUUAUUGCUCGUAUCUGUCCAAUGCCUUCUCCAUCUUUACCGCAUUGCGCGCCGUAAUACAAGAUAUGUAGCUUUCCGCCUUCAUAGUAUAUUAGCAUAUUACG